AAACCGGAAAGUCCACCGACCGUGGAGAGCCGGAGGAGGACGAGGGAAGCAGUCUCCUGGCAGCGCGUAAAGUUCUGUUUUGGCUGUGCGCUUUUACGCACAGACCGUGGCCGGUGAAGAGACCUGUGUGUGCCACUUUUAGCAUCAUGAGUGGGAGCACAGAGGGGGUUUUCCUCUCUCCGUCAAGGGAGUGAGGAGAGAAGAAAACAAGAGGACAGACAAGAAGAAGUAAGAGAAGAAGAGAAAAAAAGGAAAAUCAGAGGACGGGAAAAAGAGAAACCAAACUUUCCUCUUAAGAAUCUUUCCAUCUCAUACUGGGACUCUGGUCCACCAUGAGGCUGUGAACCCCCAUCCUUCUUUCAUCCUGCAGAGCUCUUCUUCUUCUUUUUCUUCUUCUUCUUCUUCUUCAUUACCUGACCCCAUGUCGCCCAAAGUGGAACCCAAAGGCGCCCACCUCUGGAUGCUCCUGUGCCCCCUGCUCUGUGCUCUGGUCCUGGCUAGGGGCUCCACACUGAGCUCUGAGGACUUGCAGAGCACGGCUACCUCGUCGCUGCCGGAGGACUUGACCGGCACGACGAUCCAGCUGCAGCCAGACCUGCAGACUGAAACCCAGAUGCCAACAGAAGCAAAGACAGAAGCAAAGACAGAAGCACAAACAGAAGCAAAGACAGAAGCACAAACAGAAGCACAGACAGAAGCACAGACAGAGACUCUGCCGACUCAAAGCACCACCAGCAACUACACAGGUUUGUCCUGUAUACCUGUCCUGCCACCACGUAGGGGUUCCUUCUAUGUAGAGAGUGGAACAGGCGUGUCGAUCGGCAGCGUGUUGGCUUUCUGGUGCAGAGAGGGAUACCAGCUGGUGGGCAGCGACAAAAUCUAUUGCAAUGUCAGGAAUGGAAAACCACAGUGGAGCAACUAUCUGCCUGUCUGUGAAGCAAUCCCCAGACCUGAGGACCGUGGUCUGAGAGUGGCUGUGUUGGCUUCAGUGGUGAGUGGCAUUGUCAUCCUUGCCAUGUCCCUGUCGUUCCUUAUUUGCUGCCUGCAGGAGCGAUCCAGUCGGGACCGAGCAAAGAAAGAAGGGCGGAGCAGGCGCAGAGAGAAGCGAUCUGCCCGUCGCAGCGAGUGCUGGCUGGAGAGAGAAGAGGGUGAUUGGGAAGCUUUCCCUCCUCCCAAGAUCUUCCAUCUCUCCCAGAGGAUGAACCCCCGUCUGGCUCCAGACAGCCCCCUCUACCUGACAGGAGGACUCAGUGGAUAUGAGAACAGAGGUUACCAGAGGAGUCAGGAGAGUUUGCUGAAGGCCUCCCUGCCCGGACUCUACCGCUCCGAAUCUCAGCUUUACCCACAUGUAGUCUUACAGAGGGUCCCGACUCCGACAGCACCCUCCGCCCCUUCGGCUCCAUCUGCUCCCCUCUACCUCCACCUACCUACCACCUCCUCCUCUUCCUCCUCACCUGCUCACACCACUGGCCACAGUCAGCCUCACAUCAUGGCGCAGUACCCUACCCAAAUGUACCCGCCCAACCACAACACAGCUGUGCCUGCUUACCCCCAUCCAACACCAGCGCCGAUCUACCCCAACCCCAACCCCACACCACAGCGGCCAUGGCAGUAGCUUCGUCUUCCACUUCCUGUAGUUAGGGAGUGCUGUGCGGUCCCUACUUGAGACGCUGAAGGGACAGCUUCACAGGCACGUUUUGGAGACAGUCUUUUUACUCUUCCUCAUUCCUGUUUUCUCCCGCAGAAGGCUGCAGAUGUAACCUUUCAAUACAGACACAAAGAAAAAGUGUAAAACUGGAGUUGCAGCCAGUGUAGAAGCUCCCUCUUUUACUGCAUGCUUGCUGAACUUACAGGAACUGAACACUCUAGAUAUUUCUUGUUCUUAACUGCUGCUGCUGCUGCUGCCGCUGCUGUUCCUGCAAUCUCUGCAAGAGGAGUUCUGUGAAGAAGGUCUUUGCCAUCAGAAAUUACAAGAAAGCUUCAAAUAUCUGGUCAACAAAGGAACACAGAAGGUUUUAUUGCAGGGUGUACUACUACAACUCAACAGUUGGCAUUUAUGAAGGAUUAUAAAGGACUUUGAAUAUGGCUGCCACUGUUUAGGCAGUUCAAAUCUCUCAGCAGUUAUUUUUUUUAUAGAUUACUGUUCAGAAAAGGAUCCCUAGCUCUAAGUAAUACAUCCUGGUAUUUUCCCACACUGCGUGGAGAAAACAAACUCACACUGAGGCUUUAUGGCUAGCAAACACUGUGAUUAAAAUGCUGCUGUUGCUGAAGCCACUGAGUGCAGCCAAUUUUGUGGUGUUUGUAUGGAUUUAGAUCAAUCCUUUCUUUCUCACCUGAAUCAUUAACUAAAUCUUAAAAUGUUCCUCUCUGUACUGCUGCAUCUCAUUCUGUCACAGCUAUUUAUGACAAAACCUUUUUUUUGGUGGGCAAAGUCAUACAGGGCCCAAUUUGGGAACAUGUGGAAUAUACAUGACAGGAAUUCUGACUGGAAAUCUGAAAUUUUAUUUUUCAAGAAAAUGUCUCAUGUGGUGUAACUGAGGUUGUGAUGGAAAACAUAUGGAGGUCACACUGAGUUUGCCGUUUUGUCCUUGAUGCACUGGAAACUGCACCGAAAUGCACUGAUAUGUAAAGUUUGAUCAGCGGGAUGGAACAUCUGAACCAUGUCGACCUAUAAACUCUGAUUCACUUGAAUGCUCUUCAAACUUCAGCUGCAGCUGUGCAGCUUUACAGCUAAUGCUCCUAAUUUCCUUUUUUAAUGAAUAAUUUAACCUUUAUUAUUCCCUUGAUCUACUGUAUGUACAUGCAUUUUAAUCAAAAACUGUCCAAGAGCCCCUUUACUGUUGCAGUUUAUAGCCAUGACGCUGUUUAUUUUUAAUAGACGGACUCGAGUAGAACCACUAACAAAUUUGCACUUUACAUUUUAUGAAGGGGGGAUUAAUAUUUCUUUUACUGUAAACUAUUUGUUGUAUAAUAAGACUGCCAUAAAAGCUGAAUAAAGAGACUUUUGUUUAGUUGAACAGUU